AUGGAGCUAGAAAAUAUUAAUCCUUUGUCUAAAAAUAUUUUAUUUGCAAUUAUUUCAGUAAUAUCCCAGACAACUGAAUCUAGUUUGCAACAACAAUCUAUAAGUUUAACUACUUUGAAUAACAAAUUUGAAUAUGUAAAUAAUGAGUCUGAUGAGCA